AUGUCUGGGUUCAGUUUUGGGACGCAGGCUUCGGCGCCGAGCGGCGGGUUUUCGUUUGGCAACACCGCCAACACGACUGCCCCCGCCGGCGGGAACACCAGUGGCGGGUUUUCGUUUGGAAACAAGCCCAGCAACUCGUUUUCUCUUGGAGGAACAAACACAGCACAAGGAGCCACUGGCACGACAUCCACGACCGGGGGCGGGUUUUCGUUCGGAAACAACAACACGGCCACGACGACGGCGGCUAACGGGUCCACCGGGGCCACGGGUGGCGGUCUUUUUGGAAAUAAUAACACGGCUAGCUCAGGACAAGGACUUUUUGGAAACAACAACUCUGGCGGGGGACUCUUUGGCAACAACACGGCGAACACGACCAAUUCGGCCACACAGGCCCCAGCAGCGGGGUCCAGUCUCUUUGGCGGCAACAGUUCUGCCCCACGGUCGUCAGGGUUCUCCUUUGGAGGAAACAAUGCGGCUACCAACACCACUGCGUCCAGCGGAGGCAGUUUGUUUGGCAACCAGCAACAACAGCAACAACAGCAGCAGCCAGCACCACAGCCGACCGCUUCAUUGAACACACAGCCAUCUUUUUCGUGGUCGAACCAGCAGUCGCAGCAGCAGAGCGUGCAUCCAAUGGUUGUGCAAGCACAGAAACUGAACCAGCAGCAGAGCCAGCAGCAGAACGAAAACGGGUACACGCCGACGAUCGCGGACCAGCUGACCAAGGUGAAAGGGUCGUGGGACGCGAACUCGAACCAGUGUCUGAUGAAGACGUUUGUGUACAACAAAGUUCCUGCCGAGUACAAUAAUUACGAGCGUCCUUUGGACGAGAGUGCGGAGGACUGGGAGAACGCGAUGAAGCUCCGGCCGAGGGGGUAUAACACGAUCCCUGUGAAGAUCAAGGGGUUUGAGGACUUGCUGAACCGGUCCAACUUGCAGAUCGAGCAUCUGCGCAAGUCGCGAGUCUUGCUGAACAACAUCAACACGAGUCUGACAAACUACGGCGACAAGCACGAUCUGGACUCGCUGAACCGUCUGACGCAGUGCAAGAUCAAACAGAAACAGCUGAACCUGAAGCUGCUGCGGAUCGCGAUCAAUUUGACGGUGCUCAAGUACAAAGGGUACCAGCUAACGAACGACGAGGAGAAGCUUAUUUCGCAGUUCAAAGAGCUGGUGAACUCGGUGGACGACCCGAUCGGGCUGAACCGGUCGAACGAGCUGUGGGCGCGGCUCAGCAACCUCAAACAGCGGCUGAUCAACAUGAACAUCAGCAUCGAGAGCAUCGACGCGUCGAUGGCCGUGGCUACCAACACCGACGGGGCCAAGACCCACGUUUCCAACAACGAGCAGGUGGUGAACAAGAUCGUGAGCAUCUUGUCCAAGCAGCAGCAGGGAAUCCAGUACUUGUACGAUCUAAUUGAGAACGAUAAGGAGCUGGUGUCCAAGUUGGCCAACAAACGGGUUAAAUAG